AUGACCAUCCGCCCGCGUCGACGCUCGGCAAUCUUCGGCUCGUGGCCCAGACCCCUGUACUCCGUACUAGAACUCUCAGCGGGCAGCCCCCAAUUUACCGCUCGUGCGCCACGCUCCUCCCCCGUAGAGCACCAGUUACCCUUCCCUUCCCUUCCCGCACUCUGCCUCCUUGGAACCUUCUCCACGAUCACCACUCCCCCCCACGAUCCUUACCCUCCUCGCCUGCCAGCUCGUGCUGUGAGCUCCUUUAGUUUCUCCUUUACCAAUCUUCGAAUCCUCGACCCCGGAAACUUCGAAACACACUUCUGGAAAACACGAUUCGCGGAAUGCUCCUCGACGCUGCUGGAACAUGCCUCUAUGUCGGAGGUAGCACCAAAUAACCAACGAAAUGCUGCGCGACCGAAGCCAGACACGAGGGCCCCUCCCGUGUGCCCGACUGACGACGACGAGACGGUAGCCGUCAGGAAGCAGACGCGGACGUUCGACUAUGUCUGGCGUUCUGGCGUCGCGGGAGGCCUGGCAGGAUGUGCUGCAAAGACGGUUGUCGCACCUCUUGACCGAGUCAAGAUUCUGUUCCAGGCGAGUAGUCCGCAAUUCGCAAAGUACACUGGGUCGUGGUUCGGUGUCGUGACGGCAAUGAAGGACAUUCGCUCCCACGAAGGCUUCACGGGGUUGUAUAGAGGACACUCGGCCACUCUCCUCCGAAUCUUCCCCUACGCCGGAAUCAAGUUUCUUGCGUACGAGCAGAUCCGCUCCAUGAUUAUCAGGAGGCAAGAUCAAGAGACGCCCUGGCGCCGGCUUAUCAGCGGCUCCCUGGCGGGCAUCACAUCCGUCUUUUUCACAUAUCCCUUGGAGGUCAUUCGGGUCCGGUUAGCGUUUGAGACAAAACACGGCGGUUCCUCGUUAUCCGCGAUUUGCCGGCGGAUCUACAACGAGCGUUUUGUGCGGACGUCCCCCGCCUCGCAAGCGGCCGGCACCUCGGCAACUGAGGCGGCCGCCUCCGCCGUCACCGCCGUUGCCCCGCGCUCGGGUCUGAUCAACUUUUACAGAGGCUUCACCCCGACCAUGCUGGGUAUGCUCCCUUACGCCGGCAUGUCCUUUUUGACGCACGACACGGCCGGCGACGUUCUCCGCCACCCCAAGCUCGCGAAAUGGACAACGCUUCCGCGGCCGGAGAACUUGCCUGCGGGCAAGCCCACGCCGCUGCGAUCAUGGGCCGAACUACUCGCCGGUGGUGUUGCCGGCCUCAUCUCCCAGACUGCAUCGUACCCGUUGGAGGUCAUUCGUCGGCGAAUGCAGGUUGGCGGUGCCGUAGGCGACGGCCACCGACUGCGCAUCGGCGAGACGGCCGCCAUGAUCUUCCGGGAGAGGGGUAUGCAGGGGUUCUUCGUGGGCUUGACUAUUGGCUACGUCAAGGUUGUGCCCAUGGCAGCGGUCGCCUUUUACACGUACGAGAGAUCCAAGAUCUGGCUGGGAAUUUAG